AUGGCAUCACCGCGUGCGUCUUCUCCCCUGACCUCCGGCGCUGAGUCCGGACCCGAGACCAAAUCCCCUAGUUCUGGAGCUGGAGCUUCUGGCGCUUCUGGGUCUUCCCUGAGCCGUCCUUCGUCGCCAACGCCUCCUGGCGGUCCACGAACUGCCCUGCGUCGCCGCGCUGCUGCAGACCACAAGGAAUCCUUGCGCAAUGCGCGACCGUCUUCAACUCGCGCUGCGGGUGCCGGUGGCUCCUCGGGCACUAUGCUCAAACUUUACACUGACGAGAGCCCUGGCCUGAGGGUCGACCCGGUGGUGGUCCUGGUGCUGAGUCUGGGCUUCAUCUUCUCCGUCGUCGGCUUGCACGUUAUCGCCAAGAUUACCCGCAAGUUCUCUUCAUAG